AUGAGCUUCAUCCGGCGAUCAGCACGAAGUAGCGACUCUGGUGUUGGAGGUAUCCGUGUUAAUCCGAAUAGACAAAAAAGUUCCAGCAAUCUCGCUGCCCAGGUUUCACAAGAGUCCUGCUUUUCUGAGAGUUCACCGCUCCUUGGUUUCACUUUCAGCAAUGAGACUUUGGAAGAGGGGAGUAAGAAAAGUGACAAGCUAGAUGCGGACUAUGAUGGCGAUGAUGGUGACGAUGACGUGUUUGAGAGCAGUGUCAAACAAACGGGUUGGAAAUCCCGCCUCAACCAACUUAAGAUCGCCCUCAUCUUUGUUCUAAUUCUCGUCUGCAGUGGAUUCAUCGCCACUCAGGCUGAACUGGAAGACAAGUGGCACCAGUUCGUCGUGAAUAAAGACAACCCGACAGUGUUAGAAAUCCCUGUGGGGAACACCAAGGCGCCUAUAGUGAAGUUACAGAUACAAGCUCCUUUCUCCAGUGGAAUCAACCAAUCUGUAUCUGAAGGUGACACCGUGGUUAAUUUCAAGCUCAACAACGACACGUUCAAGUUGGAUUUGAAUUUGACUCUGCUGCAUGGCGGGAUCAUUUCUAUGGAAAGUCACCAAUUUGCCUGUCAUAAGGCCGACAACAACAGCUGCCUGGUGCAUGUGGACACCAACUCGAGCGUCCCCAUCCCGUUCCUGUACUCGUACAGCGUGCUGGCGAACAACGUGGACCACGAAAUCGUCUACGCCCUGAUCGUCCUCAUCCUCGUGUACGUCCUCAUCGUUCUGGAGCUUGUACACCGGACACUGGCCGCUCUCCUUGGAUCUCUUGCUGCCGUGGCCGUCUUAUCCGCGCUAGGACAGCGGCCCACCAUGGAGACGUUGGUGAGCUGGAUCGACAUGGAGACUCUGGCUCUGCUGUUUGGAAUGAUGAUCAUUGUCGCCAUAUUCGCCGAGAGCGGUUUCUUCGACUACUGCGCCUUGAAAGCAUAUCAACUGGCUAAAGGGCAGGUGUGGCCGCUCAUCACGUUACUCUGUCUGUUCAGUGCUGUCGUGUCAGCGUUUCUUGACAACGUGACCACCAUCCUUCUGCUUACACCAGUUACAAUACGGUUGUGUGAGGUACUUAAUCUGGAUCCACGACGUAUCCUUGUUGCUGAAGUGUUGUUUUCUAAUAUCGGUGGAACAGCCACGGCCAUAGGAGAUCCGCCAAACGUCAUCAUACUGGGAGCAGUUUCAAAACAGGGAAUUUCAUUUUCAGACUUGACGGUACACCUUACUAUCGGGAUAAUCCUAAUAGCGGUGGUGGGGUAUGGCUUUCUCAGAAUAUACUACAGAAAGGUGGAGUUUCUCAAAAACGAAGAAUCGCCCGAAAUCAUGGAACUGAGACAUGAAAUCGGUUUAUGGAAGAAAGCCUCUUUGCGGAUCUCAGCCGUCACUCGAGAGGAGAGCGUCAUGAAAGCACUCAUUCUGCAGAAAACGGCCGAGCUGGAAAACGCUCUUAGUAGAUCUCUCCAUAAGAGAAGAAAAGCCGAAAAAAAAGAUUUCCAUAGUACAUUGUUAGAACUUCAGAAAAAGUACCGAAUACGAGAUCACUGGCUUCUGGUGAAAAGUGGCUGUGUCUUACUCGUAGUCAUCCUUCUUCUAUUCGUACAUUCUUUCAUUCCAUCGCUGCAUGUGGGUAUAGGUUGGAUUGCCGUUCUUGGAGCCGUGUGGCUACUGGUUCUUGCUGACGUCACUGAUUUGGAAAGUAUACUGCACCAAGUAGAGUGGUCUACUCUCCUUUUCUUUGCUGCGCUUUUUACGCUCAUGGAGGCAUUAUCAGAACUGGGAUUGAUUGACGGGAUAGGCAGCGCCAUCAGUGACAUCAUAAAGCACGUGGACGAGGACUCUCGUCUGCUGGUUGCGCUGUGUAUCAUAGUGUGGGUGUCGGCCCUGGCCUCCAGCUUCAUAGAUAACAUCCCCUACACUACAGCCAUGAUUCCAGUUCUGCUGAAACUGAGUGAAGACCCUGACCUGAAGCUGGAACUACUGCCACUAGUCAUAGCUCUUGCAUUUGGCGCUUGUCUUGGAGGCAAUGGCACGCUAAUCGGGGCAUCUGCAAAUGUCGUGUGUGCGGGGAUUGCCGAACAGCAUGGAUGGGGAAUAUCCUUCCGCGAGUUUUUCAAAAUUGGAUUUCCCAUGAUGCUGGUAACUGUAGCGGUCGCCACGGUGUAUCUUAUCGUCUGCCACGUUGCUAUUGGCUGGAAUACGUGA